CUGUGUCAAACAUUGAAACUUGAAACGAUAACACAAAUCUAAUUGCCAAAGCACAAUAGCAUGUCUUCAAUUCUUUAGCUUUUUACUGUGGCCAAAGGAUAAACCUAAUUGAAAUUAAUUUAAAAAAAUGGGUGAUAACUUAGUCGAAUGGAAAACUCUCAUAUAUGACUUGAAAAAGGCUCAACUACAUAAAACUCAAGUUGUUGAUCAUCCUUUGAAAAAUGUUGUUGUUACAGAAAGGAUCCCUAGGAAAAUUCUUGGUUCAACUUCAAGCACAGGUCGAACCACUCCAGUAUCAACACCAGCAUCUAUAUUGGAGCCCCUUACCCUAGCGUUAAGGCAACUUGAUCCAUUGUCUGAGUUUGCAUUACAAGAUAUGGAUCCUUUGUCUAAAAUGGCCGCUGAAAUGGAUAUGAGUGAUACAAAACUUUCAAAAAUGUCAGCACCAAAAGAAACUGAAGAUAAUGUGUUUGGUAAUAUGGAAUCUUGGUCAUCAAGAAAAUCUGCAAUUCUAUCAAAAUAUACUACUUCUGAAAAACUUACCAUGGUAACUAGCUUCUUGUCCGAAGGGGAAAAAGUAACGGUGAAGGCUCAAACUACUGCAGUGGACAAAGUACAACACCGUCUAAAACAGUUAGACUCAUUCGAGGAAGCUUCACAACAAACGCUAGAUCUGUCGCAAGCUGAAUAUGUUAUGAAAAUUGAACAACUUAAUCAAGAGCUUGUGUCUGCUUGGAACACAGAACAGAGAGUAAAGGCACUUAAAAUAGCUAUUCAAUGUGCAAAAUUAUUGACAGAUACAGAUGUUUUACCCUUCUACCCCAGUAAAUUUGUUUUGAUUACUGACAUCUUGGAUACUUUUGGAAAACUUGUUUAUGAUAGGCUACGGAUAAAAGCAAAUUAUUAUAAACCAGGUUCAAAAACACCAACGUCUCUCCCAGAAGAUUUUACCCCAGACAUGGUGCCGGAUACUGCCAAAGAAACUUGCCUCAACUGGUUUUAUAAAAUUGCUUCAAUAAGGGAACUUGUACCAAGGCUAUAUGUUGAACUGGCUUUAUUAAAGUCAUAUAACUUCGUGUCCACAAACGAAUUUUCAGAGUCCCUCCCUCGCAUCACUGAUAUGAUUCAUGGAGUAGGUAACCCCCUAGUGGCAGUUUAUUUAAGAUGUUACCUGUGUAAAACCGGGAUGACCACAACAAAUAUGAAUACAGAUUUCAGUUUCUUGCUAUCCAAUUUCACUGGGUUCCUGGAUUCAUAUCAACAUUUGUUCAGUAGGGGAGUUGAAGCUGAAUUACAUGUUCAAAAAAUGGAUAUGUCAACCUAUGUUACCCUUUACACACCAGCCUUAAAUUUUAUAUUAGAGGCAGUCGCUUGCAAAGUGAAAGAUUCAAUAUUACCAAAUUUGCUAAAUGUUUGUAGAGAGUACAAAAACAGUUCACUAAUCCUCAAUACUAUAAUGUCUGGCUUGAAACCUUCUUAUAUAUCUGAGAGAUGUUUGGAAUUUCUUGAAAUGAUGGUCAAUUGUUCAGACCAAGGAAUCCCUCUAUAUGUGUUAUUGAGAACACUUGGACUUUGUGUAAGCGUGUGUCCACCUCCUAGUGAACAAAGAAAACAAAUUUUGAACAUUGUUUGGAAGUUCAUUUCUUCAUUCUCAAAGCCAAAUGAAUUUAUUGCUUGUGCAGAGGCCUGGGUGCAGUAUGUUGUAUUGUAUUUUUCCAGUAGAGAACUCAACAUGAUUCUGGGCGACAUCAUUAAUCAUAUGACUCCUGACAGAAGUUUUGAAAAAUAUUAUAAUGAAUUGAAACAUAUAAUUGGAAACGUUACGUCACAAAUUCAGGAUUUUGAAACAUUAUUCAUCAUGGACAAUUUUCUUCCGCUCAUUGAUCUUUUUCAUCAAGAAGCCAUUAAAGUUGAAGUAUGCAAAAAUAUUCUCACCUCUUGCAGUUGUGAAUACAAAACCAGUGACCCUGUCAUAACAAAUGCUUUGAUGUUUCUUUGUAGCGUUCUUCAUGAUUCGGUUAAUGCUUUGACCCCUGAAGAUGAGUACAGACAAAUUGGAGAAAUAUUGUGUAGUACCAUAAGAAAAGUUGAUUAUGGAAGGCACUUUGAGCAACAGCUCAACUUUUUCGUUGAAGCUAGAGGAGCUUUUUCCAAUAUUGAUAUGGUUUUGGCAGAGCUGGUACAGCAAGUAAAUGCACUCUCGGUCAACACAAGGCUAGUCAUCAAAGGUAUUCAUACCAGAAAAACGGCAGAUUUCGUACGAGCUUGUGCAGCAUAUUGUUUCAUCACAAUUCCCUCAAUAUUAUCAGAAAAGACCCGUCUGGAACUGUACUUACUAUCAGGACAAGUUGCUCUCUUCAAUCAGUGUUUAGGACAAGCUGAUGCAUGUUUAAAAGCAGCCCUAGCUAUGUUAGCUGAACUAUCAAAAGCUUCUUCCAAUUCUGAAAUAUUCCUUGUGUCGUAUAUAAAACAAUUUUUGUCAACACUUCUGGUUGUGCCAGAUAACCCAGAAAGAGGUGUUCUGAGUUUGAUGAGGGGAUUGCUCAAUGUUAUGAGAGAGUUAGACUGGAGCAGACCAAAUUGUACAUUAGGAAUGUUAUACAUCAGUGUUAUUGAUGUUUUGACGGCCAUGGCACAGGAAGACUAUCCUUAUCAUAUUGACAAAGUGGAGUCAAAUGAUUCUCUUUAUGGAUGUGAUCCCAAAUUCUCGUCAGAAAUUGAUUCCAUAUGCUCUAUAGUAAUUAGAGAAAUUCUUACUCUGCUCAAAGAUCUUGGAAGUUGCAGACGACAAUCUCAAGUUGCCACAGAUUUAUUUUGUAGAGUGGCAUUGAGGGCAGAUUUGACCAGAAAACCCCUUUUCAUUUUGGCUCUGAAUUUGUGGCAACUUAGUUUGAAAAACGGAUAUGCUGAUGUGAAAUAUAUG